UCGAGCAGAGUUCGUUCCACGGCGCACGACGGGUUUCCAGAUAGCCAGGUUGAGAAGGCAAACGACUGCGGCAACGCCAAUGUCGCGCCCCACACGACAGGAGCUCCAUUGUAUAUUACAAGGUGGGGGUCGUGGCGCAAUCUCGCAACAAGCAGUUAGUGCUACAAGAGACAAAAGACAGUCACCCGGGCACUAUGUUCUGCUGGCGCAACUCGCACUAAACUCUGUGCAAGUCAAAACCACGACGGCCACCGUGUCCGAUCCGACGACCAUCGUGCACGACACGUCGACCAUCUUCGACGAUCGUGUCGGACACGAAGACGGCCUCGCUCGAUACAAUGGAGUCGUGUUCGACAAUACGACGACCGUGUUCAACACGGCGUCGGUCAUGACGACGGCAGUAUACGGCAACGAGCCGAACACGACGACGAGCGUGUUCGACACGACGACGGUCGUGUUCGACACGAUGGAGAUCGUGUUCGACCAGACGACGAUCGUGUUCGACACGACAACGAGCGUGUUCGACACGACAAGGAUCGGGUUCGAUACGACGACCAUCAUGUUCGACACGACGAUGAUUGUGUCGGACACGACGACCAUUGUGUUUGACACGACGACCAGCGUGUCGGACACGACAACGAUCGUGUUCAACACGACGACCAUCGCGUUCGACACGACCACUACCGUAUCGACCAUCGUGUUUGACACAACGACGACUGCUGUGAAAGUGUUGGAGAAAACUUGUUGACGUCAUCGAUAAACCAGCACUGGACAC